AGACAGGGAGCGAGAAAGAGGGGGAGGAAAAAAUAAAGCGGUGAAACAGUUAGACACCUACUCGGCGUUUAUGCUCCGCCGUAUUUUAAUAAACAAGGACUCGGUGUUUAACACAUCGCAGCCUGUUCCUUGUUAGGCUAUUCCUUCUCUGCUAUCAGCUCAUUUCUUCCCGCCUGCUGGAAAGAAGCCGCACGGAGGAUUAAUAAGGUGGAAUCAGGUUUACUCCAAAAAUCUUCGCAUGAAACAUUUGUCCUGAAGCGGAUGAUGCUGCUGCCGACGAGUGCCUAAAACUCGGCUUCUCAACUUAAGAUUACACAUCGUUCAUCCAGGUGUAUGUGCCGAGGCGUUAUGCCACGGGGAACAGUGCUGACAGUGCACUAGGAGUCUGAACCGUGUCAGUAUUUGUGGCUGAGGAGGAGCGGUUCCCCACCGAGUCGUGCCGUCCUGCGCCGUGCUGUGUUUUGACGCCAUGUCCCUGACUGACAAACACAAAGUGAAGAGGCAGCGUUUGGAUCGGAUCUGCGAAGGUAUUCGGCCCCAAAUCAUGAAUGGGCCAAUGCACCCGCGCCCGCUGGUGGCGCUGCUGGAUGGGCGCGAUUGCACCGUGGAAAUGCCCAUCUUGAAAGACUUGGCCACUGUCGCCUUCUGUGACGCCCAGUCCACACAGGAGAUCCACGAGAAGGUGCUUAAUGAGGCAGUGGGAGCCAUGAUGUACCACACCAUCACACUGACCAGAGAGGACCUGGAGAAGUUCAAAGCCCUACGCAUCAUCAUCCGCAUUGGGAGUGGAUACGACAACAUCGACAUCAAGGCGGCUGGAGAGCUGGGCAUUGCUGUGUGUAACAUUCCCUCUGCAGCUGUGGAGGAGACGGCAGACUCCACCCUUUGCCACAUCCUCAACCUUUACAGGCGGAACACCUGGCUCUACCAGGCUCUCCGAGAGGGCACGCGGGUCCAGAGCGUGGAGCAGAUCCGUGAGGUGGCAUCCGGUGCCGCCCGCAUCCGUGGCGAAACCUUGGGCCUCAUCGGUUUUGGUCGUUCGGGCCAGGCGGUCGCGGUGCGCGCCAAGGUUUUCGGCUUCAACGUCAUCUUCUACGACCCCUACCUACAGGACGGCCUGGAGCGCUCGCUGGGCGUCCAGCGCGUCUACACCCUGCAGGACCUGCUCUACCAGAGCGACUGCGUCUCCCUGCACUGCAACCUGAACGAACACAACCACCACCUCAUCAACGACUUCACCAUCAAACAGAUGCGUCAGGGUGCAUUCCUGGUCAAUACCGCACGGGGAGGUCUGGUGGAUGAGAAAGCUCUGGCCCAGGCACUGAAGGAGGGUAGGAUACGUGGAGCUGCCUUGGACGUCCACGAAACUGAGCCCUUCACUUUUGCUCAGGGUCCACUGAAAGAUGCACCCAACCUGAUCUGCACGCCACACACAGCCUGGUACAGCGAGCAGGCUUCUCUUGAGAUGAGGGAGGCGGCCGCCACAGAGAUCCGAAGAGCCAUCACUGGUCGCAUUCCCGACAGCCUACGGAACUGCGUCAACAAGGAGUUCUUUGUCACCACGGCACCAUGGGCGGUUAUGGAUCAACCAGGCGUUCACCCUGAGCUCAAUGGCGCUGCUUAUAGAUACCCACCGGGUGUGGUUGGAGUGGCUCCGGGGGGCAUCCCGGGGGCGUUAGAGGGCAUGGUGCCUGGUGGGGUGCCCAUUGCCCACACCCUGCCCUCUGGUACACAUCCUUCCCAGGCCCCGUCACCCAACCAGCCCUCCAAACACGGCGAGACCAGAGAGCACCUUACUGAGCAAUAGCACCAGAAAGGAUAAAAAUGGCUAAACAUCCGACCCGAUGACGCUCAGAACCAACUGAUCACAAAGCAACCGACCAACUGGGACCAAGAGACAGUGAAACAACACAAUGCGGCUGCCUGUUCAAUCAGCCAGCAAAACAGGAACAGAAGAAGUGUUCCAGGAAAUUUGUACUUUUAUUGUUUUUGUUUUUACUCUGUCUCUUUGGGUUCAGUACCGACUUUACUCUUUGAUGGUUUUUUUUUUUUUUUUCCUUUUUGGUUUGUUUUUUUUUUUUUUUUUCUUUGGGACAUGCCUAUGAUUGUGGACACAGAGUCCAGUGUUUUUAGUGCUCCGGGAUUACCCAAUGAGACUCUGUCCGCCCACCUUGUACACAUCAGAGCUCAUUGGAGAUGUAGGCCCACUUCUCAACACAGCAAGGGAAGAACAAGAAAAAAAUAAAAUAAAAAAAAACCUAAGGCAUCAUGUGCUACUGGACCUUAUUACCCCUCCCAUCCCCUCCUGAUCUUCUCCACUUCUCAAACCCUCCUUAUGUAACAAGUGUGUGUUGUUUAGGCACUGCCCCUUAUUGCUUCAGAAGAGAAUUAUUUUUUUCUUUCCAUCAUUAGUGUGAAUGAUUAAAAUGGAUUAUCAACUUAUAUAUAUUUAUCAUUUGUUGAAUAAAAAGAAAAGCUCAUCUGUUAUAGUAAUCUAGAGUGGGUUUUAACCCUUUCCUGGCAGCGAUGUAUCGACAGCCAUUACAGCUGCAGUAGCAUGUCUUUACCACUAGAGGUCACUGCUACACAAUGAGGAAUUUUUUCUGCAACUGUGACCAGUUUUUGAAGCCGUCACUGGUUUACACUAAACUUUCACUUUGUACAUUUGACUCUAGCUGAAGUUUUAGGCGAUGUGAAAUUAGAGGGUGCUGCCAGUUUACUGUUAGAUCCCUUUUUGAUCGAGAGUCAUGACGGCGAAAUACAAAGGAGAGAAAUAUGAGGCCACGUCCAAACAGCGGCGCAGAGACUGAAAUUUCCUCCCAUCUAUGAGCACAUUUCACAAUGAAGGCAGGAAAGGGUUAAAACAAACUUCAGUUCUUAAUGACUCAGGAAAACACUUUUGCAAAUAUUGUUUUUCCCAUGAAUUUUGUCUGAGAAAGAAAAAAAAUGAAGACUGAUCUGGUUAGUCUAAUAUUUUCUCUCCAUCAUCCUCUCUAUUGUGGUAUUUUUCUAUAAAAAGGUGCAUCCCACGUUUUUUGGUGUUAAGAGUUUUGAGGAGUCCUGUUAGAUUUGUAUUGCCUAGUUAAAUGUUCCUAUAACCAUAGUCCUAUGUGAUCCACCCUCUCUCUCUUCACUCCUUUAUAAUUUGUUCUAUUGAAGGCCAGGUUUGGGGGGCAUCCUGUACUCUGUAAGAGCAAUAGCUGAAACUCCUACGUAGUGUCCCAACAAUAGCAGAAGAGGCAGCCAGCAGUAUGUUUUUGUUUUUAGUGUGAGUAUACGUUUCUUGUACAAGGUGAACAUUUAGCAUUCAGUGCAGUUCAAAUAAAAAGAUGAUUCUGAGAA